AUGUGGAGGGGAGGUUGUCCUCCCUACAGGGAGUUGUACCCAUCAUCCUCGUCCUCGUCCGUCAAUACAUCCGCGGGCAGGACGCCAGCGGCCAACAAGACACGCUUCCCCAGCCCCACAAACGCGGGAGGCCCGCACACCAUGGCGAGAACGGGAGAUGACGGCCUCACAAAAUCGCCUAAAAAGCGCCGAAUAUCCGCCUCAUCGGGCCUCCGACCGCAUGUGGCGAGCAACCGCAACGACGCCUCUCCGGAGGAAUUUGCCGACAGCUCCCGCUGCCUUGUGAGGAAGCAAGAAAAACGAUAG